AUGAUAUAAUACUGUAGAUAUCUGUCGCUACGCUCAUAAAAAAAUUUGAUGGGAUGAACUGUUAUAAAAUCAGAGAGUCAACUCCACUCCUACCUUAAUUGAACUCCAGCUGGGUCCGCAGUCAGGUCAUGUUGAGAUGGUGUUCUUCACAGUCAUGGGUUAUCUAUUUGUAGCUAGUGUCAGUCUAUUGUGUCUAUUCUGUGUGGAUAAAUGGGUGAGAAGGUGGUUGUAUUCAAGUUCAGAACUCAUUCUAGGACCUUCUGCCCUACCAGUAAUAGGAUGUGCAUAUCAUUUUUUUGGUGAUCCCUCUAAUGUAUUGAGAGCGAUUAUAAGAACGAUCGACUCUUAUCAGGACAUAGUCAAAUUGUGGUUGGGCUACAGACUCCUUUAUGUACUGAAGAAACCAGAGUAUAUUGAAAAAGUAAUUACCAACCCAAAUGCUUUGAACAAGGACUUCUUCUAUGAGCCGUUAGUGUCUGUAUUGGGAGACGGUUUAGUCACCUUAGGAGGGGCUAAGUGGAGGAGACACAGAAAACUGAUAAACCCGUCAUUCAAUCAGAAGAUAUUAGACAACUUCGUGGAACUAUUCAAUGAAAGAGCUAACCACUUGGUGAAAAUAUUAGAAGAAACUGUUGGAGAAAGGAAUGUGCCUCUGUAUGAUAUAAUAGGAGCAUGUGUGGUUGACCUUAGUUGCCAAACAGCUAUGGGUGUAAACAUGAGCAUUGGAAAUGUUGAGAAACGCGUUGGAGAAGUUCUGGAAAAGUUAAAUGAACUCUCGACUGAAAGAUCUCUGAAAUUAUGGAAUCACAUAGAGGUAAUUUGGUUGUUGUCGGGGAAGAAAGCUCAAUUCAAUUACUACAUAAAAAGGCUUAGAAGUAUUGUCAAUGAGGUUAUCCAGAAAAAAAUGCAGGAUGAGGACUUGAAGGAGUUAAGAAGGGACGAAAGCGUGAUAGCUAACGAUGGAUAUGAUUCGAAAAGACGAGCCUUUCUGGAUAUCCUCCUUACACAAACGGAUCUUAACGAAAAAGAAAUAAGGGAUGAAGUGAACACUUUCUUAGUUGCGGCAACAAGAACUACAACUAACACUUUGACUGCUAUAUUUACCGUCUUAGGAAUAUAUCAAGAUGUACAGAGAAAAGUGUACCAAGAGAUUGUAGACGUAGUGGGUGUAGAGGGAGAAAUAAGGCCAGAACAUCUACAGAGACUAGAAUAUACUGAAAGGGUAAUCAAGGAAACUUUGAGAGUCUUCCCUGCAGUAGGCAUGUUCAGCAGAUACGUAGCAGAAGACAUAGAUUUAGGUAAUAACGUUAAAAUAGAAAAAGGAGCAUCAGCAGCUGUCCCAGUGGUGUACAUGCACAGAUGUGACAAGUUCUGGACAGACGCGAUGAAAUUCAAUCCAGAUAGGUUUUUGCCAGGAACUUCGAGUAGACAUCCAUACACAUACCUUCCUUUCUCUCAAGGACCUCGAAACUGUAUAGGAGGCAGAUACGUCACGAUGCUAAUGAAAGUGGUAGUCGCACUUGCAAUAAGACCGUUGAAGGUUUUCUCAGAAUACAAGUCGAUCGAGGAGAUUAGUCUGAAACUGGGUAUUCUCGUUAGGAUGACAGAUGGACCUAAAGUGUGGUUUCAAAGAAGAGUUAGUUAAUGUGUCAUGAAGUCACACAGUAAAAACUUAACACAAUAAAUAUUCUUAAAUAUUAA